AUGGCCAAUCCCUCUCUCUUUUCCCUCGCUCUCCUCGUCACUCUGUUUGCAUUCACCACAACUGUCUCUGAGGAGAUAAGAAUGCCAUAUAUCAUCCACAUGAAUAAGUCCAUGAAGCCUCUGCAAUUUUCACUCCGUGAGCACUGGUAUGCCUCUGUCAUCAAUGAGGCAACUUCAGGCUCAGACGAUGAAGGGCUGUUGUUAUAUACAUAUGAUAUAGUACUUGAUGGAUUUGCAGCGAACCUGAGCAGAGCUGAGGCUGCAGCUUUAGAGAGCGUGGAGGGUUGCUUGGCCGUAAUCCCGUCAUCUGUCAGGCAAAUACAUACGACCCAUUCGCCGCAGUUUUUGGGUCUGGGAGGCUCGCCAAAUAAUUUGUGGCCUCGGUCCCAUUACGGCAAAGAUGUGAUUGUGGGCGUGAUUGAUACCGGAAUAUGGCCUGAGAGCAGGAGUUUCAAUGAUAAAGGCCUGGGACCUGUGUCCGCAAAAUGGAAGGGUGUAUGUCAAAGCGGGGAGUUGUUCAAUUCCUCUCAUUGCAACAGGAAACUCAUUGGAGCUCGCUAUUUCUUCAAAGGCUACGAAGCACGGUACGGUAGUCUCAGCAAGAGCGAGUUAAAAUCAGCAAGAGACAUCGAGGGCCAUGGAACUCACUGUGCUUCGACUGCUGCAGGAUCCGCUGUGGGUGGAGAGAAUUUCAAUGGCUUUGCCAACGGAACAGCCACAGGAAUGGCUCCUCAGGCCAGAGUGGCCGUAUAUAAGAUUGUCUGGGAUGGUCAUAUUGACGGCUCUGACGCUAUUGCUGCCAUAGAAAUGGCCGUUUCAGAUGGCGUGGAUAUUAUAUCUAAGUCCAUUGGGGGACCAGAAAUGCCUUUUUACAACGAUGCCAUUGCCAUCGGAGCCUUUAAAGCAAUGGCCAAGGGCGUAUUUUUUUCUUUAUCAGCAGGCAACUUUGGAUCUCUUUACUCUUCCAUCCAAAACACGGCACCGUGGGUGAUGACUGUUGGAGCCAGCAGUAUUGACAGAAAGUUUCCCGCCGCUGUCAGACUUGGCAAUCAUGAGAUCCAAACAGGUUCUUCUCUUUCUCAAGCGAAUCAAGUAACACAAGGAUUGCCUCUGCUGUAUUUAUCUCACAACAAAAGCACCAGAAGAUGUCAAUCAGGUCUCGAUCUCAGCAUGCUCAACGGUAAAAUUUUGCUAUGUGAUCUGGCUUAUAGAAAUCCUUACAUUGAUUCCAUAGGAGUCGGCGUGCUGAAAGAAGUUUCAACGGCAGUGACACAAGUUGGGGUCGCUGGUAUCAUUUUCGCCACCGAGUCUGUUUUGGGGGCACUAGAAAUAAUCGUCGAUUCUGGUCCGCCCUCUAUUAGUGUGGCUUUUGCAGUCGGAAGGAAAAUCAAAGAGUGCAUAAACAGUACAAGUAAUCCUAAUCCUACGGCCGCCAUAAAUCCAUCAGGAUUGACAGUCAAAGGAGAGGCGGUAACAGCUCCGCUUGUGGCUUCUUUUUCUGCAAGGGGCCCGAGUCUACAAUUACCAGAUAUACUGAAACCAGAUCUGGUUGCUCCAGGCGUCGACAUAUUGGCGGCAGUUAAGAAAGGAUAUGAGUUUAAGUCAGGGACAUCCAUGUCGUGUCCCCACGUAAGCGGCCUUGCAGCGCUCAUACGAGGCGUUCAUCCUUCCUGGAGCCCCGCCGCCAUCAAAUCCGCUCUCAUGACGUCUGCUUACGUCCGCGACAAUAAAAAUCAGCCCAUCAAAGAUGUCUCGAAUCUGGAAGCCGCUAACCCAUUCAUACUGGGCACAGGUCAUGUAAAUCCAGCGGCUGCUAUGGAUCCGGGACUCGUCUACGACCUGGCACCUAGUGAUUACAUUCACUUUCUCUGUACUCUCAACUACACCGACAAACAGAUUGCUGUUCUGAUGGACAACCACAAAAUAUCGUGCCCCAGAUCAAGCAAUUUGGAAGACGUCGCAGAUCUUAAUUAUCCAUCUUACACUCUUUAUUUCAACUCCAACGUGGGUGCCGUUCGUUCUACCUACAAACGUAACAAACGUGGGUGCCGCUCGUUCUACCUACAAAGUGCAGGUGGAGGAGCCUUCUGGAAUGAAAGUAAAUGUUUAGCCAGAGACAUUAGAAUUCACAAAGGAGAACCAGAAGCUUAA